AUGGUGUGGUCUCGUCUCCUCCCUAAACCCUCCCACUUCCGUCUCCUCUCAAAAUCCCUUAUAACUUCACACCCUCAUAGCUCUGCCUCCUCCACUUUCCUCCUCCUCAACAGAUCCUUUUGUACUAGCAACAACGACAACAACAACAAUAGUGACCAUACAAGCUCCAACAUCUGGAAACUUUCCGGAGAUAAUGAAGCAAAAUUCGAUGCUUUCUUCUCCCAAGACUCCGAUCCCAGCAUUGCUGGCACCUCCGAUUCUCCUGCCACUGCCAAUGGGGAGGACCAAGACUCCGAUACCAGCCUUGCUGGCAUCUCCAAUUCUCCUGUCACUGCCGACGGGGAUGAUGAAGACUCGUGGUUGAAGGAUGAUGACAAUGGCGGCGGAGUAGAUAUAUUUGCUCGAAUCGAGAAAGAUGAGAUUGAUGCAAGUAGCGUUAGUGGUGGUGGUAAGUGGCAGAAUUCAUCGUUGGAGGAGAAGCCGUGGAGUUUCGAGGAGGAUGAGAAGGAGGCCAAGGUGUUUGAUUUUGGAGAGAAUGUAAUACGGAGCGAUGAUGUUGAUAUUAAUAGAGGUGAGGAUGUUCCAAAUGUGAGAAGUCCUGAAGAGGAGAAGAUGCUUGAGAAAGAAAAGGAGGAACUUAAUUUUAUAUUGAUCCAUAUUGCAGGUCCAAAUCGUGCUUUUGGUGACCUUAUUGCAGCGUCUGGAAUAACAGAUGCAAUGUUGGACAGUUUAAUUGCCCUCAAGGAUUUUCAGGGGGUUGAAGGAUUGCCUCCUCUAAGUGAGAUAGAGGAGUUGCGUUAUCUAAGGAACACAAGGAAAUCGACAAGAGGUGAAUUAGAGCGCCAGAAACAGGAGGAAAUGGCUAAAGCUAGAGUGAGACAAGUAGAUGAUAAAGGAAGAGCUUAUGGAACAGGAAGGAGGAAAUGUAGCAUUGCUCGUGUUUGGGUUCAACCUGGUGAUGGAAAAUUUGUUGUUAAUGACAAACAAUUUGAUGUCUAUUUCCCAAUGCUUGAUCAUCGUGCUGCCCUUUUGCGACCUUUCUCUGAGACAAAGACCUUAGGUCUCUGGGAUGUUACUUGUACUGUCAAAGGCGGUGGUGUUUCAGGUCAAGUUGGAGCCAUUCAGUUGGGGAUCAGUAGGGCUAUGCAAAACUGGGAACCAGACUUGCGCCCCACACUCAGGAGUGGUGGUUUCUUGACAAGAGAUCCACGUGUGGUUGAAAGGAAAAAACCAGGAAAAGCAAAAGCAAGGAAGAGCUUCCAAUGGGUCAAGCGUUAA